AUGGUUAGGACGAGGCAGAACGAAAGGGUGGAUUUCGGCUUUGUACUUACGAAAAAGCUUAAUCGAGUGCUAACCCAAUUCAAUUUCACCGACACUGACAAUACUCUCAACUACAAUCUCGCGCUCAACAUCACCAUCCGAAACCCCAACAAAAGGGUUGGCAUAUAUUACCGCCGCAUCCAAGUCUUUGCCAACCAUAGAAAAAAGAGGUUUGCUAAUGUGACACUGCCUUGGGCGCCAUUUUACCAAGGGCAUAAGAACACGACCAUUUUAAAUCAUGUACUCGUUGAAGGUCAGCAGUUGGCGGUAUUUGGAGAACGUGACCUCUCCCAGUUUAACGCGGAGACUGCUGCUGGUGUUUACAGUAUUGAUGUGAAGAUUUCUCUUCGGGUAAGAGCCAGGUUCGGAAAGAUCAAGUCACCAGAUUAUGGUCCUAGCAACAUCAACUGCAACCUGAAGGUUCCCUUGAGUUUAAGCGAAACAUUGCCGAGUGAUUUCAAUGCCACAAAGUGCAGGAAUGUUCAUGUCCUCACAAAUCCAAGCUACUACGAACGGAUUUGAGAUUUUCGGUCCAAAAAAUGAUCCCUUUUUUUACAUAGUCAUACUAUGAGAUAACUUAAAAGAGAAUGCAAUACAAGAAAUCAUAAUUCAAACAAACAAUAUACAGUACAAAUUCAAUCCACAGUGAGGAUCUCUAUUCUAAUCUCGACUAAACAGGUGAUGAAGUAUACUUUUCAUACUCAAUCAUCUAGUGAUU